UCUCGAGAAAAGCUACGCUUUUUCACCUUUUUAUCAAAUGGUUAUUUCAAUGACUACCAUAAUUUUAAUGAUUACCAGAAGAAACGUUGGAGACACACGUCACGGUGGAGCCAGAGUCACGUUGUCUCAUACCACUGUCUAGUUGAGCCGGCUUCUUAGCUCACCGACCUUAAAACUUUUGUUGGAUCAUUUAGCACUCUCAUCAGGAUCCGUAUAAUCACGAAAGUGUCGGCUGAAUAUUUCGAUUGAGGAAAAACAUUAUCGUAAUGAAUCAGCAAAAAGAAGUUCCUUUCACCAGAAGAGCUCUGAAGAGAGUCAGUGAAGCUAACUCAAAGGAAUAUGAAUUUUCUAUUGUCACCUACAACAUCCUUGCUGAUUAUUGGAUACAACAGAGUUCAGGGAAAGAAGACUCUUACAACUAUUGCCCAAAGGAAUACAUGAUCAGAACAAAUGGAAGAGCCUCACAUCGUCAUGUACUGCUUAUGGCUGAGUUAAGAUGGCUUGACAGUGAUAUCAUCUGCUUGCAAGAGGUUGAUACAUCUUACUUCAAUGAGAUUCUGAAAGAGGAAUUAUCUGAGCUGGGUUAUGAAGGUCUUUUUGCAAAGAAGUGUAUGGGGAUCCCAGAAGGGGAGGCACUGUUUUUUAAGAAGAACAAGUUUUACCUCCAAGAAACAAAGACAGUUUAUUUGAAUGACAUGGCAGAGUGCACCUUUCAGCAUACUGAGAUACCUCUGUUUUGGGAGGUUGCAUUACUUGCUACAUUGAGGCACAAACUUAGUGAUUCUCUUCUAGUAUUGUGUGUAACACAUAUACGAUGGGGAGAUUUGAAAGAAACUGUUUCCCAAGUUUGUCAAAUAGCAAUGGUCACCAAAGCCCUUUAUGAUAUGGUUUCAUCACUGCAGGAGUCUGACGGUAAUAGAGUGGCGCACAUUCUUUGUGGAGACUUCAAUAUUGAGCCUCAAUUUCCUGCCUACAAGCUUCUGGCAGAGGGAAAACUGACAGAUAAAGAGAUCAACACUCUGAAGGGUUAUGAUUACAUAAGAUGGGGUCGUGACACUUACAUGGAGAAAAAAUUGCAGCUGUUACCGGAUCAAGUGUCACUUUUACACAAGACUGAGGCACAACUCAAAAAUCCACUUGUCAACUUGCAAAGUGCCUACAAGAGCAUAAUGGGUGCAGAACCUCAGUGUACUAACCAUGAAGGACCUGAAUGUGUGUGGACUCUGGACUUUAUAUGGUUUGACUCUAGGACUCUAGAGGUCACUGCGGCUUUAGAGACAGUUCCACCUUCUGAUAUUGAGCCAUAUACUGGCCUGCCUAAUAAGUAUUUUCCCUCAGAUCAUUUGUCACUUAAAGCAUACUUCAAGUUUGCCUCUAUGAAAAACAAGAAUGAGUUUUAACAUAGAUCUUGCAUGGAGUAGAAUAUUGUGUCGAAAUAUAGAGGGAUUGUGCAUCUGAAUUUUCUCACAUUUUAUAACGAAGAGGCAGAUAUUUGAAAUUUUAACAGGAUCAGGCUAAUUUUGUGUUAGCUUUGGUUUUACUUGAUAUACACUGUGUUGAAAAUCAGUUUGUUUCUUGCACGAUUGUCGUUAAGUGAGAAAAUAUUAAGCACAAUUUGAUUAGAUCUUAACUGAUGAUACUUUUAGAUAUUAUAAUUCAACAAUAAUUACUAAAUGAACCGGAUGUAAAUAAGAUGAUAAAAGUCAACUCAAGAGGGUUGCAGCCAAAUUGAAUGUAACUAUUUUUUAGCUAGUGCUUUUGAUUCGCUGUCCAUGUUUCCCAACAUCCCUUCUUUGUCUAUUCCAUAUAUUCAGUGUUUCCUACGCAUUCUCAGCAUUUGCAUAAAUUUGGUUUUAUUGGACUUUUUACUUUCAAUCGUCGGGAAAUGACGUAUUCAUCGUGAACUGUGGCCAACCCCACUAAAUCUAUCCACGGAAUAGACUUGACCUGAAUUUGGUAGCUGGCACUUAAUUUCUCUAUUACUGGCGAGUGUUAGGGAGCGGCACCACUUCUCAUUACAACCCAAAGAAAAUUCAGGUUUUGUCGCAAGAUAGCAAGCAUACGCAGUUGGUCGGUUUUCAUUGUCUGGGAUAUUCAUGCUUUCGAUGACGUCAUGUAGAAUUGCACGUGGAUUCGGCUUUGUUCUAGUUUCUCAAAAUUUUGUCACGAGACAAGUACAAGCACAAAACGCCUUAAGCAGAUAAAGAGUAAAAUUAGUCAGGAUUUACAAUUUGGUUGAACAUUUUAGAGUGUCAAAAGUUUACUUAAUCAAUAGUUAAUUAUUUACCUAGUUAAAAAAUCAGUACUACUGAAAUACUAAUUAAGAAAAAAAGAAAGUUCUUGAUUCAUAAUAACAAUAACGAAAAAAUUAGCAUAGACCUUGUCAAAAAAAAUAAGUAGACAAUUUCUUGCGAAACACUGAUAAGAUGUUAGACUCCCUAAUGUUAGGAGUUAGUUAGUUCAUUCCAUGAGCAACAAACCCGAAUGAAAAAUGAAUUCUUAAAGAUUCUGUUGGAAUAAAAGGGACAUUACG